AUGUCUGUUAACUAUGAUUUCACUGGUAAAGUAGUUCUGGUUACCGGAUCGAGUUCGGGUAUCGGUGCGGCCACUGCUCUAUUGUUUGCCCAAUCGGGUGCCAAUGUUGUGGUAACCGGACGUAAUGCCGACGGUGUCAGAAAAGUGGCCAAACAAUGUACUGAUGAGUCGCCGAAACAGUUGAAACCAUUGGAAGUGGUCGGCGAUCUAACUAAUGAAUCGGAUUGCGAUCGUCUGAUUCACUCAACUGUCCAAAAGUUUGGCAAAUUGGAUGUAUUGGUCAACAAUGUCGGUAUAGCCAUCAGGACUGAUGUCUAUAAACAGGAUUUCUAUGAAAAUUAUAAAAAUCUAAUGCAAACUAACUUGAAUUCAGUGGUAUAUCUGACCCAUAAAUGUGUUGAACAUUUGGCCAAAACUAAUGGCAAUAUUAUUAAUAUAUCGAGUAAUGUGUCGCACAUGUCGGCGGGUAAUAGUGUUUCAGCUUAUAAUAUGUCGAAAGCAGCACUGGAUAUGUUUACCAAAUGUAUGGCCGCAGAGUUGGGACCCAAACGUAUUAGAGUUAAUUCAGUCAAUCCCGGUAUAGUUAUGUCCAAUUUUGUUACACGUAUGGGUGUACCCGAAGCUAUUGUCCACAAAAUACACGAUGCAAUUGGCGCUAAAUAUCCGGUCGGCAGAUCGGGUGAGGGCAGGGAUAUAGCCAAUACUGUUGCCUAUUUGGCCAGUGAUACGGCGGCCGGGUUUAUGACCGGUAGUAUUGUUGUGGCCGACGGCGGACAUCUGGCCGCUAAUCUAUCGUUUGAGGGCGAAAGUCAACAAGUGUUGAGUCAAUUAAAAUAA